AUGCAGGUGAUGGAAGAUUCAUCAAUGGGGAGCACUGAAGAAUCCGGGACGCCGGUGAGAAAGGAGACAGUAUAUGACAAGGUGAAUCUAUUGGUUUCGAGCAAUGCGGUGGUGAUUUUUACGAUAAGUGAGUGCAGCAUGUGCCAUGUGGUGAAGCAGCUUCUCUUCGGCCUCGGAGUAGGGCCGACUAUAAUGGAACUUGAUCGUGAUGCCGGUGGCCGUGAUAUCCAUCGCCUGCUCUUCCAGCAGCAACCGGUUCCUGCUGUGUUUGUUGGAGGGAAGUUCUUGGGUGGGAUCGAGGCUGUCGUGGCUUGUCAUAUUAAUGGCACCCUUAUCCCUCUUCUCAAGGAAGCUGGUGCUCUAUGGCUUUGAAUGGA